AUGGUACGCAAAGUAAUCACAAUCCCCAAAACGGGGUUAAUUGGAAGGAACGCGCCAAAGCGGAAGCCAGUUUUUAAGGGAAGACAAUAUUUGCCCGCUUCGGAGCGCAAGCAAGUCUACCUCCCCUCAUUUACUAUCGCUCUCGCCCGAACUCCCUUCCUCUCUCCUCGCUAUGCUCAAUUCCAUGUCCCUCUCAACUUCAACAAGCUUGAUAUGCGCGACUACCUGAAGAACCUGUACAACGUCAAUGUCAUCAAGAUUCGCAGCUAUAUCGAGCAGCAGCCUAUUACCCGCGUCACGAGAGAUGGCCGCACCCUUGGAAAAUGGCGACGACCGAAGUCCGAAAAGCGGAUGACUGUUGAGUUGCGAGAGCCAUUCAUCUGGCCCGAGGAACCAGAGGAUCUUACUAAGUGGGAGAAGGACUCCUGGACCUCUACCGUCAAGGCACAGCACGAAGCUCAAAAGGAAGGAGCCCAGAAGGGCCAUGCAGCUGAGGAGCCGGAUAAGGAGCUGCGCAAGGCCUAUGAGAAGCAGGCAGAGGAACUGAAGCAGGAUAAGGAGUCCUGGCAGCCAACCUGGAAGGUGUUGGGCCUUGACUUUGCGAACAAGGAGUUCGCCAAUACUCGGGGUGGAGGCUUCAAUAGGCCCAAGUGGAUUUCGGUUCCGAAGAAGCCUUGA